AUGGCUCUCUCAAAAAAACGUUGCUACCCAUCAGGUUUUGAUAUUACAUUUAAUGAUGAACAACUGAAUUCGGUUGUGGAACACUGGCCCCGCUUCAUCACACUUGAAGCACAAUUAUCAGAACAACAAACGAAGCCUUUAACAAAGAUAUCACCAUUUAUCAUUCAAAAAGGUAUUCAAGGAAUCAUUGGUACUCCUAAAUCUGUUAAAAAGUUGAGAUCUGGAGCUCUACUUAUUGAAGUUACCAAAAAACAGCAGUCAACUUCUUUACUAAGUUUGAAAAUGCUUGCCGAUAUUCCUGUUGUUGGUAAAAUCCACAGUGGAUUAAAUCAAAGCAAAGGUAUCCUUUUCGACAGAGAUCACGACCUGGAUGACAUUCCUGAGCAGGAAAUCCAAUCCGAGUUGGAAUCCCAGGGAGUGGUCUUUGUGAAAAGGUUUACAAAAAAGCGGAAUGAUAACAUAGAACCGACAAAUACGUACCUUUUGACUUUUGGUAUACCAACAUUACCAACAAGUAUUAAAGUUGGACUUUAUCAUAUGAAAGUUGAAAUGUUCGUUCCAAAUCCUCUGCGUUGCUUUAAGUGCCAGAGGUUUGGACAUGGACAAUCCAAUUGUAAAGGCUCUGAAUCCUGCUUCAGGUGUGGUGAGGAGGGGCAUGAUUGUAAAGAUUGCCAUAAUGACCCCAAAUGCAAAAACUGCAAGGGCGGGCACAUGGCUUCCUCAAAACAAUGCCCAAUGUGGAAAAAGGAAAAAGAAAUUCAAAAGGUUAAAGCCGAAAAACGUAUUCCUUAUCCAGAAGCCAAAAAACUGGUAAACAUGUACAGUGUCCCAAGACCGAAUCUGACAUCAUAUGCAACUGUUGUUAAAUCGUCCUCUUUGAAGGACAUGUCUACACAAGUCUCUGAGAAAGACUUUCCUCAGAAGACUUCAUCAUGCCAAACGCCCCUGUCAUCUCAAGACAAGGGUAAAAACACUUCAAUGCCUGCUUCUGCAGGUCCUACAGCUCCUGUUGCUCCAAAAACCGUGGCUGUGUCUUCAUCAAAGCCAGCAGCCUGGAGCAAACUAACAUCGGGGAGAAAAAACAGAUCUCCGUCCAAAAACAACUCAAAACAGGAGAGUGAUCGGUUACCUAAAGCGGCCGUCACUCUCCACAAUAAAUUUGGGGUCUUCGAGGAGAUGGAUGUAACACCAUGCCAAUCCUCCUCGCGAGUCCGAAGUGCGUCACCCCCCAAAAGUAAAGGGAGGAUAUCUCCCAUUACUCAUAAAAAAUGA